AUGUCCACAUAUCAAAGUCAACCAAAUUUGUUCCCAAAAGCUAUAUCAUCAUCAUCAACUAAUGCUACUGCAGCAAGUAGUGGUGCUGAUUCCAUUCUUUCAAUGGAUUUAAAGAUUAACAUGAAUCCUGAUCAACUAUCUAAAAAGGAAAAUAACCACACAAUCACUGAAGAUGACUUGGUUUUCAAUAGUUUUAUUAAAAAUGAAUCUCCUGUACUGUCAGAAUUAGAAUUAGUCUCAACUACAAGCGAAUUCACCACUGGUAUCAGUUCGAACUAUAAUGAACUUGAUUCUGCUGUGGUUGACGCUUUUUUCUCUUCUAGUGCCGACUCCACUCCAAUUUUUGAGUUCGAAUCUACUGAUUCCAACAAGUCUUCUGAAUGGACUUCUUUGUUCGAUAACGAUAUCCCUGUUACUACGGAUGACGUUAACUCUGCAAUUGAUGCUAUCGAAUUGGUAGAAGAACAAGCCAUAAACAACAAUAACAAUGUUGAAUCUACUCAAACUGACGAUUCCGAACAAGGUCCAUCGUUGGUUAUUCCAAAUACUUCUUUCUUACCAACCCCUGUCAUUGAAGACGCCAAGUUGAAUUCUAAGAAAUCUAGCGCCGGCAGUGUUCAAAAGAAAUCAGAUAAAUUGGAUAGAUUAGGUGUCAUUUCUUACAAUCGUAAGCAACGUGCAGCUCCUCUAACGCCGGUUAUUCCUGAAUCUGAUGAUCCAGUCUCUGUUAAGCGUGCUAGAAACACAGAAGCAGCCAGACGUUCUCGUGCCAGAAAGGUUCAAAGAAUGAAUCAAUUGGAAGACAGAGUCGAGGAAUUAUUAUUAAGAAAUUCCGAACUUGAACAAGAAGUCGAAAGAUUAAAGGGUUUGUUGAACCAAGCCUAA